AGAUUUAGUGGUGUGUCUUUUCCGAGGACAGAGUUAGUGCUGGUUUGGAUUGUUCCCAGCACUGUGCGUCAGUCUCUCCAUCUUUGCAUGUCUUUGCGAGUAGCACACGCCUCACGACACAGCGUUCUAUCAUGAAUUCUCUGUGAUUCAUAAAUCACAUCAGAAUAUAGGAAAAAGCUAAGUCUCAUCUUCACUUGUUUCAACACAUAUUAUCUUACUUGAAGACGCAUCUUCACUUGUUUCCACAUAUUGUCUUACAUACUUGAGAAUACAAUACUUUCUUCACUUCGUAAUCGUUUUUCUCUCUGGUUCUUGUCCAGCUACAUCAAACGAGAAAAUGGCGGCGUCUGCAGUGAAGAGGUUUGUUCCGUUGGCUGACCGUGUGCUGGUCCAAGUCUUCAAAGCGGAGGCUAAGACCGCUACCGGCAUAUACCUACCAGAAGCAGCAAAACAGAGCAUCAAUCAGGCGAAGGUAUUUUCUUUUCUAUCUUGCGAGCGCGACACGCGUGAGGCGGCAGGGUCGCGCGCGAACAUAAUAAUAAUAAUAAUAAUAAUAAUAAUAAUAAUAAUAAUAAUAAUAAUAAUAAUAAUAAUAAUAAUAAUAAUAAUAAUAAUAAUAAUAAUCUGGUCUUUCUUUUUUCUAGUUAGGUCGGCUCCACCACAAUUAUUAAAUCUGGGGUUUUUGUCUGUGAUGAAGUGAGGAACUUGAACUGGGAGAUUGUUUUGUGUGAACCCGCUAAUGAGCAAGAUGAAAGGAAAAUGUUGAUCUAGUAGCUACUAGUAGGACAAGAUCUACUUGUACUUUUUGAGUAGCAAUUGCAAGUCACAUUUCUUUUCAAAAUGGACCUCCUUUCUUCAGGUAAUCUCUGUCGGCAAAGGCCGACUCGGAGAGGGUGACAAGUUGCUCCCCUUGUCGGUGAAAGCGGGUGACACCGUUAUCAUUCCGGAAUAUGGUGGUAUGAGCAUCAAAUUCGAUUCAGAGGACUACAAAUUAUUCCGUGACGACGAUAUCGUUGGAGUUAUGGCUGAGGAAGGUGGGGCUGCGGCUUAAGACGCGGAGGAAGAGGGAAAAGCGAGGGUCUUCAACGUGGGAGCAGAAGAGGAGAUUUUAGCGUUGAGCCGAAGGGCUUUCUCUACCUCCUCUUGGACCUUCUCGACCUCGAUCCGUUGACGAAGACAACCUGCUGUUGAGCCGAAGCUGGCUGUGUUGUGUGUUGUAUCAGUUCUUUUCAUCUCAGUAGGUUCACAAACCUACAAUUUUCUUUUCAAUGUCAGAGUACCCCAUAGUUGAAUGCUCUAGAUGAUCAAGAAAAGUGUAUCAAAAACAGGGUUCUUCUCAGGGUAUCAUGAUGAGUAACUUUCUUGGAUCAACAACAUUUUCCGCAAGCAGUCGCGCACUGUUUCACCGCAUGUACUGAUUUUUUUCAUAAGGGUUACGUCUGUACCUGAUAUUGGGUGACGCGAAAAAAAUAGUGAUGCGACCUCGCAGAAUGAACCCAGGAGCGCCUGUGUGUCAUCGCCAGGCGCAAAAAGACCUGUUCUACUCUUGCUACUAGCACCCGACCCAUAAUAAAGCACCCAUGAUUUUUUCUUGGCACGAAAACGUAAGGGUUUUGCAUGGGAAACCGCGG